AAAUGGGGGGAAUCUUAGCUUCUUGGGCACUCGAUUCUGGGAACUUCUUUUUUCUUUUUAGCUGGUUUCCUGAGCCAUUUAUGCCAUAUGACUAAUCACUCUGAAAAAGCAAGGAAAUGGCUUUCUGGCAGUGCUGACGCUUUUUAGAGCACUUCCAAAAACAGGUCACUGUUACAAAAUAAUUGCCUGGUUUCACAGAUGAGGCUUAAAGGUGGACUCAGUAUUAUUUCAAAAACACUGUUUGGAAGUUAGUCGGCCGACACCAACAACAAACGUGUAACCAAUCAGCAUUAGGGGGUGUAUGACGGUCGAUGAGACAGAACGAGCAAGAGGGAGAUUGGAAAAUAAGAAAAAAAAAAACUGCAGAACGAGAGAUGAGACACAAUACAAAAGAGCUCAAAAGAAUAUCACUGGAAUUAAGGUUUAUGACUUGGCAAGAUUUUUAGGACCACGUUUAUAUUAAAAAAGCUUUCCAGCUGGAGAGAGCUAAGAGGGAAGGCCUGAAAAUGGCUUUGAUUCCUUCUCAUAUGGAACCAGUGGCGCCCGGGCUUCCCUCGGAGCAUAGAUGCCACACUGGAGGAACUUCCUUUAGAUGUUAAGUUUGAUAAAGAGAAAAAAUCAGACUUUACUUGGGAUUUCGUGAAAGUGAUUGCGGAUUUAGGCUUGGACUGGAUAAUAGGUCACUUUGAAUCCUGGAAAGAUAUAGCAGAUUUUGAAAAGAUAUUUGAAACUUUUAACUACAAGAACACUCUACUAGAGAACGUGAUGCAAGACUGGAAUACGGAUUACAUGUUUGGCUACCAGUUUUUGAAUGGCUGCAAUCCUGUCAUGAUCAAGAAGUGUGAGAAACUUCCAGACAAAUUUCCAGUCACACAUGAGAUGGUGGAGGGCUCUCUGCAGAGAGGCUACACACUUCAAGAGGAAUUAAAGGAGGGAAACAUCUACAUAGCGGAUUAUGAAAUACUGGAGGGAGUAACAGCCAACAAGACAAACACCCCAUACUAUUUGACUGCACCCAUGUGCCUACUGUACAAGAACAGAUUGGACCAAAUUGUGCCAAUUGCCAUUCAACUCACUCAACACCCAGGAGAAAUGAGCCCAAUCUUUCUCCCAAGCGAUAAUGAGUAUGAUUGGAUGCUUGCCAAGAUGUGGGUAAAAUCUUCUGACUUUAACGUACACCAGUUGGUCACACACCUUCUCAAGACACAUCUGAUAUCAGAGGUUUUCGAAAUGGCCAUGUACAGACAGCUUGCUCCGGUCCAUCCUGUAUACAAGUUGCUGAUACCUCAUAUUCGUUUCACAAUUGCAAUCAACGCAGAGGCCCGUGAAAAGCUCGUCAGUAAAGACGGGGUCUUCAGCAAGAUCAGUAGCGUAAGUGGAGCUGGAAUGGAGGAAGUGAUGAAGAAAGCCAUGGAGACCUUAACCUUCAAGUCCCUUUGUUUCCCUGAGGCCAUAAAAGCUCGAGGAAUGGAAGAUGCACCCAAGUACUAUUAUAGAGAUGAUGGCAUGAGGAUCUGGGAGGCAAUACACUGUUUUGUUUCUGAUGUGGUCAACAUCUACUAUGACAGCGAUGAGAAGGUUCAAAAAGAUGUGGAGAUUCAAGAAUUUGUUAAGGAUGUUUCCUGCUUUGGCAUGAAUGAUUAUGACAGUAAUAACUUUCCCAAGUCUCUGACAACUCGAGUGGAGUUAGCCGAGUACCUGACUGCUGUGAUAUUCACAGCUUCAGCACAACAUUCUGCAGUCAACUUUGGACAGUUUGACUGGUAUGGCUGGAUCCCCAACAGUCCUUCCACUAUGCGCAAACCACCUCCCAUACAGAAGGGCCAAGUGGAUCUGAAGUAUAUCAUGAAGACCCUGCCUGACCGUGAUUGCUCCAGUAUGGUUCUAGGAACAGCUUGGGGCCUCACUCGAUUCCAGGAACAUGAGCUGUUCUUAGGCAUGUAUCCAGACAUGUACUUUACAGAGCAACCAGCGAAGGAAGCCAUCAAGUCUUUCCGCAAGAAACUAGAUGAGGUGACCAACAGCAUCAAGCUUCGGAAUGAGAGACUGACAAUGGAUUAUUGUUAUUUGUCCCCAGACAAAAUCCCUAACAGUGUUGCAAUUUAAGAAAAUGUUUCUAGAAACAUUUUGCCAGGCCUAACCAUACCUUUUAUGGCCAAUGGCUGCUUGACAUAGAAAAAUAUAAGGUAUAGUAAAACACAGCGUUGUGCUUUUUGGGGCAGUUUUCAGAAAUUAUGUUUGAUUAACGCUUCUGUUGCUGUAAAGUAAGGGAUGUUACUUUACUUGAGGGGUGAUGGUUGGCUUGUUAUAAUCCAUUUAUUAUUGUCUUUCUUUUUAUUCUUUUCUGUAUUCAUAUGAACUUGCAUAAUCAUAUAUCCAUACUAUGGUAUUCAUUGACUUCUAUUGAUUCAUUUAUUCUUGUUUACAUAGUCUUCAUUACUCAUAUGAUAUAUUGUUUGUAAUCCAUUUUAGAUGAUCAUUUUACUUGUAUUGAAAUGAUUUCUACCCUACAGUUAUAUUGAUAUCUUACAUCUGCAUUGAUUUUGUGCUGAUUAUCUUUUAUACACCUGUUUGUUGUUGCUGUGUGACUUCCAGCUUAAUUUCUGUUGGUAUGAGGGUGCCUUAUCUUCAAGGUUAGCUGAUAAAGAAUUGCUGUCAUGGAUGCAAAAUCUUUUUCAUGAAUGCUGUAAUGGAUUUAUGAAAAUUGUUUUGAGAUUGUGUAUUUUGAACAUCUCUGACUGCAAUUCAAAAGGCUGUUACAUUUAUUUUUCACAAUAAAGUAAUAACAUUUUCCAUUACAUUAUAUUGCAAUAUUUUUUGCUUGUUUUGAUUUCAUGACAUAUGUUUUCUAUUUUCCAUCAUAAGCAUUUUCCCCCCCUGAUCUUUGCUAUCUUAUAAAUGCUACUGUGUUUGUUGUAGCUUUAGCAGUGAAUUAUGCUAGGCUACAUCUUUGGUGUAUUUCUUUUGUAACUUGAAUAAAAUAAAGGUG